AUGCUUUUCUUGGCCUAUGUGCUAUCGUCAACAGUGAUCGCCAAUAUUGAUGUACCGGUAAUUAUUGACCGUGAAUUCAGUCGACAAGUUGAUCCAGCAGAUUUCCUAAUCGAUUAUGAUGCUGAAAGACCACCAAGCAGUUUGGUAAAGGUGGAUGUAAUUUUUGAUGUUAAAUACCUUAAAUGGAAACCAGAAACUGUGGACAUUAUAUUGGAACUCACACAGGGAUGGGAAGACGCUCGUUUGACACUUCCAGGAGGAAUGAGUAUUUUUGUACCCAAAGACCGUAGGCUUUGGUUACCGGAUAGUUAUUUUGAGAAUGCAGUUGAGGUGGAGUGGCAAAGAGAUCAUUCACGGCGUCUAAAUCGUGGUGUAAUAUAUGAAAAACAGCGAGUAAAGCUGGUUGUUCCAUGCAUUGAACAGCGUUAUUCCAACGAAACGGUAAGAUGA